AUGAUGUCUACUCUCGUGUUGAUCCUCUUGGCAUCCACGCCUAUAGCCCUUGGCCAAACAUUCCAGAGGCUCGGCGCCUGUCCAGACCUCGGCUGCGUCUUCCCACCGGACCAGGCUCACUUCCUGCCAGGCCAGAACUUUGACAUCCGCGUCGAAAUCCAUGCGCCAGUCAACGGCACCGAGGCAUUCAACGGCGGCGUUCCAGACCCGAACUUCUCCCUCGCCAUCACGAGCAAUAGCCGACCGGACAGCCAGCCCGUCACAGAUUUCUUCGGGAUCAAGGAGGAGCCGGAGCUGGAGACGUGGAAGUUCUCGUGGUACGAGGACCUAUUCGCUCAGGACGCGGGAACCCAGUCGGUUGUCAAUGUCGCGUCCAAGGCGUAUCGCAACCUGGCGCUAUACGAACCGGGCAACUAUACUGUAGAGCUGAGUUACUACAACGGCACAAAGAAGACGCUGGCGGAGUGGUUCGUGCGACCACUCGCCGAAGAGAAGAAGGCGAAGAAUGUGAUCCUGUUCAUCGGCGACGGGAUGACAACCAACAUGAUCACAGCGGCACGUCUACUGGGUCACAAGAGCGUCAAUGGAAAGUACCAGUCGCGGAUGCAGAUGGACCAGUUUCCCAUCUUGGGACACCAAAUGACCCAUUCUGUUGACACAUUCAUCACCGACAGUGCGAACUCGGCCUCGGCGCUGUAUUCCGGACACAAGGGCACCUCGGACUCCAUGGGUGUCUAUUCCGAUUCGUCGGCUGAUGAAUUCGACGAUCCUAAAGUCGAGACGAUCGUGGAAAUGGUAGUCCGUGUCUGGGGAUCUGCUUGGGGAGCGGUCACUACAGCUGCUCUUGACGAUGCCACGCCCGCUGCAUUAACUGGCCACAGUAGAUCCAGAUCCAACGCUGGUUCACUUAUCGACCAAGCUCUCAAUGGAAUGACAAACUACUCCUGGAGUAGCCAUCCUGGACCUGACGUCUACUUUGGUGGAGGCGCUUCGACGUUUCUCCCGGGACCGUCCUCCUACCAGGGUAAGGAUUACUACGAAGAGUUCCGUAAGCAGGGCUACUCCGUGAGCUGGAACGCCACGUCCCUUCGCGACGCUCCAACCGACACUCCGGCCCUCGGCGUUUUCUCCACUUCCCAUCUGCCCGUUUGGCUCGACCGUAACAUCCUCACGGAGAACAUUGCCAGGCUCGAGACCCAUCCCUCCGGCGACGGUUCCGCGCCCCUUGACUUACCGGGUCUGAAAGAGAUGACUCUCAAGGCCGUCGACAUCCUUCUCGAGCGCAGCAACGACACCGGCUUCUUCCUCAUGUCCGAGGGGGCUUCGAUAGACAAGCAGAUGCAUGCUCUGGACUACGACCGGGCCCUCGGGGACCUGCUUGAGUUUGACGACACGAUCCGCGCGACCAUUGACAAGCUUAAGAACGCCGGCGAACUCAAGGACACGCUCAUCAUCGUGACGGCGGACCACGGCCACGGCUUCGACGUCUUCGGCGUCGCCGACACCGAGUACCUCGCCGCACAAGAUACGGAUCGCAAGAAACGCGACGCCAUCGGCAUCUACGAGCGCUCCGGCCUCUCGCAGUACACUGUCUCGCGUCCCGACGGCAUCGAGUAUGGUACCGGCCCGAACUUCCCGCUCAACUGGAGCCCCCGCUACGCCAUAGCGCCAGGUUUCGGCGCCAGCCCCGACCGCCGUGAGAACUACCGCCUGCAUGAGUCCCCUCGUCGGGUGGUUGUGGACAACGACGAGGACGGCUACGUCGCGAACCCUGAGGACGGAAAGGACGGGUUCUACGUCCCCGGAACGAUCCCGACCUCUUCCUCGUCCGGCGUGCAUUCGCUGACGGACGUGCCGGUGUUCGCCAUGGGUCCAUGCCAGGAGACGUUUGCGGGUGUGUACGACAACACGGAUGUCUUUUUCAAGAUCGCUUCGUGUUUGGGACUAGGUCAAUCCUCUGCGACUACUCGGAAAAAGUGA